CACGUUGAGGGGUCGCAGCAGCGGCAGCCGCUGGCCACCAGCUCCAGUAAGGCGGCUAAAGGCGCGUGCGGCUGCGGCCAAAUACAGGAGCGGCGCACACCGCCGCCGCACUCGCGUUAGAGCGGAGGUACCGCGAUUCUUCCCAGUACUUCCGGUGAAUUCCCGGUGCCGCCACGGCCAGCCGGAAAUUGAAGGGCACAAAGUACCGAGCCGGCUGGGGCCGGAAAGUGGCUACGCAAGGCUCCACCAUUAGAGGUCGGGGCCGGAAGGACAAGUAGGGCGCUGCCAUGACGGGUUGGGCCUAAAGGGAACUGGGCUGCCUGUCUGCUCUGCGACCGGGAAAAUACGAGGCAAGGAGGGCUGGGCUGGGCGCCGCCAUGACAACCUGAUACCGGAAAAGGCGGGGCUAUCCUCCCUCAUUGAUCCUCCUCCGGCAUCGGCCUCAGGAUGCAGGCGGCCCUGGAGAUCACUGCUCGCUACUGUGGCCGGGAGCUGGAGCAGUAUGGCCAGUGUGUGGCAGCCAAGCCUGAGUCAUGGCAACGAGACUGUCACCACCUUAAGAUGAGCAUUGCUCAGUGCACGUCCGCCCACCCAGUCAUCCGGCAGAUCCGCCAAGCCUGUGCGGAGCCUUUUGAGGCCUUUGAGGAAUGUCUUAGAAAGAACGAGGCAGCCGUGGGCAACUGUGCAGAACAUGUGCACCGCUUCCUGCAGUGUGCUGAGCAGGUGCAGCCGACACACACCUCCUCUACCGCAGAGGCACAGCCACUUCCUGCCUCCCGAGGACCCUUCAGACCGCAGCAGAACUGGACGUGAGCGGCUGCGCUUGAUGCCUCCACCCCUGAAGCAUGGCCAGGUGGAGCCUGAGGGCUGUGGACAUGGGCCUGGCUUCCCUGGACAUCAAGGCUCACAAUAAAUAAAGACUCUACA